UCCCAACUACACCCUUCGGCUUGACCCAAAAUGUUUCGGCUGCUGCUUUCCCUCCUCGUCCACACUUUCCUCGCCGGCGGUGCAGCCGCCGCCGGCGACGAAGUCAACAUUGUCCUCGCCUUCAAGAGUUCACUUAACAUCCCCACUUCCGCCGCCAACUACUUCCAGUCUUGGUCAUCGUCGGCCUCCCUCCCCUGCAAUUUCUCAGGCAUCACAUGCGACUCCCGCAACUCCGUUUCCGCCAUCGACCUCACCGGAAUCGGAAUUGCCGGCAACAUCCCCUUCUCCUCCCUCUGCGGCCUCCGUUCCCUCUCCAAGCUCUCCCUCGGAGCCAACAAACUCUCCGGCGAGAUUACUUCCGACCUACGCAACUGCUCUGGCCUUUUGCACCUCGAUCUCGCCAACAACAUCCUCGACGGCGAUGUUCCCGACCUCUCCCAACUCUCCGGCCUCCGCGUCCUCAACCUCUCAAUGAACACGUUAUCUGGGCAUUUCCCAUGGAGCUCUCUCACAAAUCUCACCGCCCUCGAAUGCCUACGCCUCGGCGACAACUCCUUCGAACCCAGCCCAUUCCCCACGGAGGUCACCAAGCUACGUAGCCUCUACACGCUCUACCUCUCCGUCUGCAAUCUCCACGGCCAGCUCCCUCCGGAGAUCGGCAAUUUGAUUAACCUCGUCGACUUUGAGGUGUCCGAUAACUUUCUCUCCGGAGAUAUUCCGCAGGAGAUCACGAAGCUCAAUAAGCUACAGCAGCUCGAGUUAUACAACAACUCGUUCACCGGGAAAAUCCCCGUUGGAUUCCGAAAUUUGUCGGAGCUGGCUUUUUUUGACGCUGACAGUAAUUAUCUGACGGGGGAUCUGUCCGAGCUUGCGUUCCUUAAUAAAUUAGUCUCUCUGCAGCUCUUCGAUAACGAAUUCUCAGGCGAGGUACCGGCAGAGUUUGGGGAUUUUAAGAAUUUGGUGAACCUAUCACUUUACAGUAAUCGGCUAACUGGCUCUCUCCCGGCGAAGCUCGGGAGCAUGUCUGAAUUUAAUUUCAUCGACGUGUCUUCGAAUUUUCUCACCGGGCCGAUCCCGCCGGAUAUGUGCCGGAUGGGGAUGAUGAAGAAACUGCUUAUGCUAGAAAAUGAGCUUUCUGGUGAGAUUCCGGCAAGCUAUGCCAAUUGCUCUUCAUUAACUCGGUUCAGGGUGAGCAAUAAUUCCCUUUCCGGCGUGGUUCCGCCCGGAAUCUGGGGUCUACCCAAUAUUAACAUUAUAGAUCUUGAUUCCAAUGGAUUAGAAGGUCCGAUUACAAAGGAUAUAGGAAAGGCAGUUUCAUUAAACCAGCUUUACUUAUCCAACAACCGAUUCUCCGGCGAGCUGCCCCAAGAGUUAUCCGAUGCGGCGGCUCUAGUCUCUAUUGAUGCUACAUCGAAUCACUUCAGCGGCGAGAUACCGGCGAGCAUAGGAAAAUUGAAUGCUCUCGAUAGCCUAUCUCUUGAUCAGAACAUGUUCUCGGGCGAGAUCCCGGACACAUUGGGAUCCUGCUCCAAGCUCAGUUCCCUAACUCUCGCCAGCAAUUUGCUCUCCGGCUCUAUUCCAGCGAGCAUCGGCAAUCUCCCAAACCUAAACUCACUAAAUCUCUCCGGUAACCAACUCUCUGGCGAAAUUCCGACAAGCCUUACUUCACUGAAGCUUAGUUCGCUGGAUCUAUCCAACAACCGCCUCUCCGGCAAGGUGCCUGCCGCUCUCUCCAUCAACGCCUUCAACAAUAGUUUCACCGGAAACUCCGGCCUCUGCGCCAACGGCAUUAGCUUCCUCCCUCAUUGCUCAUCAUCCUCUGGCAGCAAUUCCGAUAAGCUCCGUACACUCCUGACCAUAUUUCUCGUCAUCAUCGCCGUCAUUCUCACCGGAUCCAGCGUCUUCAUUAUAAUCAGGAGACGCCGGCCAAUUUCAAGCGCCGAUAGCGGACUUCAUUCUAAAGAGUCAUGGGACAUGACGUCAUUCCGCGUGCUAACCUUCGACGAGCAAGAGAUCAUAAAUUCGAUAAAACAGGAGAAUCUCAUCGGCAAGGGUGGCUCCGGCAACGUCUACCGCAUCGUGCUCAGCACCGGAAAGACAAUGGCCGUUAAGCAUAUCUGGAAUUCCACUGAUCCAGCCGCCGCAGCAGAGCGCCGCAACAGAGGUAGUGUCACCGCCAUGCUCUCGCGGCGUUCGUCGUUGCGGUCGAGGGAAUUCGAAGCAGAGAUUGGAACGCUGAGCUCGAUCCGUCAUGUGAACGUCGUCAAACUAUACUGCAGCAUCACGAGCGAGGAUUCAAGCCUUCUUGUAUACGAGUAUCUUCCGAACGGCAGCCUUUGGGAUCGGCUUCACUCUGAAGCCGGCGAGAAAUUGGGGGUUUUGGAUUGGGAAACCCGCCAUGAGAUCGCCGUCGGCUCUGCUCAGGGGCUGGAGUACCUCCACCAUGGCUGCGAUCGGCCUAUUCUUCAUCGGGACGUGAAGUCGAGCAAUAUUCUUCUUGACGAGCAGCUCCGACCAAGAAUUGCGGAUUUUGGGCUCGCCAAGAUCCUCCAUUGCUCUGCCAAUCAUGCGGUCAGGGAUUCCUCUAGCCAUGUCAUCGCCGGUACCCACGGCUACAUUGCUCCAGAGUACGCAUAUACUUGGAAAGUAAGCGAGAAGAGCGAUGUUUAUAGCUUCGGGGUGGUGCUCUUGGAACUGGUGACUGGGCGGAAACCGGUGGAGAUAGACUACGGCGAGGACAAAGAUAUUGUGCGGUGGGUGGCGGGAAGGAUUAGAAGCCGGGAAAGCGUGAUCGGCCUCGUCGAUCGGCGGAUCAAGGCAGCCGCAGAGCGGGAGCGGGCUGUUCUGGUUCUCAGGAUCGCCUUGCUCUGCACGGCCGGGAUCCCGGCGAUGAGGCCGUCGAUGAGGACGGUGGUUCACAUGCUCGAGGAAGCCGGAAAUGCGAACCACCGCCCUGCCACGGCGGAUUCCGCUGACGGCAAGCUGGUCGCGGCGGCAGAUCAAAAGAACUAUUAUAAGCAAUACUCAGCUCACAGGCCUCCAACCGACAACAGAGAGAUGAACAUAUCGAGAUCCACAACCCCGCAGAAUGAUCUGGAGGCUGCCGCCGGCGGCGGCGGCCGCCUCAACGAUCCCCUUCUGUCCAAGAAGUCUGAAGAGAGCGAGGCCCAGAGGCUGCGAUGGAAGUUCAUAAGAAAAGUUUACACAAUACUGUCGCUACAGAUGCUGCUGACCAUCGCCGUCUCAGCCGCCGUCGUAUUUGCAACUCCGGUCUCUCUCUUCGCAUACUCCCCUGCCGGCAUAACCCUCUUCGUCUUCCUCAUAUUCUUAAUCGUUAUGGUGAUGAUUCCACUACACUAUUACCGCCACUACAAACCUUGCAAUUUGAUCCUCCUGGGUGUCUUCACUGUCUCAAUAAGCUUCGCCGUCGGAUUUGCCUGCGCCUUCAUUGAUGGAAAGGUUAUUCUGGAAUCUGCAAUAUUAACUACAGUGGUGCUUGUGAGCCUCACCAUUUACACCUUCCUGGCAGCGGACAGGGUUCAAGAUUUCACCUUUCUUGGCCCCUAUUUGUUUUCUGCGUCGCUGAUAAUCAUGUUCUUCAUUGUAAUCCAGAUCUUAUUUUCGAUGGGUAAGAUAGCGACGAUGAUCUACGGGGGAUUGGCUUCGCUUGUUUUCAGUGCAUAUAUCAUAUAUGACACUUCUAAGAUAAUAAACGCUUACGAUAUUGAAGAUUAUGUGUCGGUAAUGGAACCUAGUGCAGAAGUUGCCAAACAACAGACCCCUGUUUUCCGCAAAACACCCCCGUUGAAUGAUAGUGCCGGAGUUAUACCGUCAGGAAAGGCGAAUACUGAUCCUAAAGCUUUCAACAAGCCAAAAUUCCCUCUUAAAGAAAAUCCUUAUCCACGGCCGCAGGGACUUAAGUGUUUUCGUUGCUUCCAACCCGGGCAUAAGUCCAACGAAUGCCCAAAUCGUCAGCAACUUCAGUUACUGGACGAAGAGGGGGAGCUUGACCCUGAGCAAUUCGAAGAAGAGGAAAAUGUUGAUGUGGAAGAUGUUGUCGGCGAUGAAGGGGAUCCACUGAUUUGUGUAUUGGAGAAACUCCUCUUAGUCCCGAGACAACAAGGGGAUUCUCAGCGACAUGCCAUUUUUAAAACCAAAUGUACCAUUGGCGGCAAGGUUUGCGAUUUACUCAUCGACAGCGGGUGCACGGAAAAUGUCAUUUCGCGGGCUGUUGUUCAAGCUUUGCAACUCAAGACUUCAAAGAACCCACAUCCCUACAAGAUUGGGUGGGUUAAGAAGGGAAUGGAGAUUUUAGUGACAGAUAUGUGCCGGGUACAAUUCUCAAUCGGAAAACAUUAUAAUUGCGAAGUGUUGUGUGAUGUGGUGGAGAUGGACGUGAGCCAUCUAAUUCUUGGCCGCCCAUGGCAGUUCGAUGUUGGUGCUGUAUACGAUGGCCGAGCCAAUACGUAUGCACUAGACUGGAAAGGGAAGCGGCUCCGAUUGUUACCUCAUGCAGCGGGUGUAAAAGGUUCUCCUGAUAAUGUUCGGCCAGCAUUGCAUUUGGUCUCGGGCAACUCCUUGCUAGCUCAUUGGAAGGAGGAAGUGCCUCUUUUCGCCUUGGUGAUCAAAGAAGAGGCCGCUGAUAACACAGCUGGGAGUGUUCCGCCUGCCAUCGAGUCUCUGCUGAAGCAAUUCCACGAUGUUCUGACUGAAUCCUCGACUCCUGCAUUACCGCCUUUGAGGACUAUACAGCAUCACAUUGAUUUUAUUCCAGGUUCUACACUACCAAACCUGCCACAUCAUCGCUUAAGUCCGAAAGAGCAUCAAAUUCUCCAACAGUUAGUUGAUGAGUUGCUGAAAAAUAACUUGAUCCAACCCAGUCUCAGUCCGUGUGCUGUACCCGCACUCUUGGUGCCCAAGAAGGAUGGAAGUUGGCGAUUAUGCGUAGACAGCAGGGCCAUUAACAAAAUCACUGUGAAGUUUCGGUUUCCUGUACCGCGGAUUGAAGAAUUGUUGGAGAAGUUGACAGGAGCCUCUAUUUUCUCAAAGCUCGAUCUCCGUAGCGGGUACCACCAAAUCCGCAUCCGACCGGGUGACGAGUGGAAGACGGCCUUCAAGACUCGACAUGGGUUAUACGAGUGGAAGGUGAUGCCAUUCGGAUUGUGUAACGCGCCUUCGACCUUCCUCCGAUUAAUGAAUGAGGUCUUAAAGCCAUUCCUCAACGUCUCCUGCGUUGCAUAUUUCGACGACAUACUCGUAUUUAGUCCAUCUCUGACCGAUCAUCUGCGGCAUUUGACAGAAAUCCUUCUUGUACUUCGGGAGAACCAGCUAUUUUUGAACCCAAGUAAGUGUGAUUUCGCUGUCUCAUCUGUUCAUUUUCUUGGCUUCAUCGUGUCAGCUGCAGGAGUCCAAGUUGACAAUCGCAAGGUGCAAGCUAUACAGAGUUGGUCAACGCCCAGCUCAUUCACGGAAGUUCGCAGUUUUCAUGGUCUCGCGAACUUUUAUCGCCGGUUUAUCAAAAAUUUCAGUUCCCUUAUGGCUCCUAUUACCGAUUGCUUGAAACUCAAACAGUUUCAUUGGGGCAGCGCUCAGAUUGAUAGCUUUGCUGCCAUAAAGGAAGCUUUAUCAUCUUCACCGGUGUUGGUCUUACCCAACUUCGAUAAGCCAUUCCAAGUGGAUACGGAUGCUUCCGGAGUGGGAAUCGGAGCUGUCUUAAGCCAGGAAAACAAGCCGGUAGAGUUCUUCAGCGAAAAACUUUGUCCAUCAAGACAAAAAUGGAGUGUUUAUGAACAAGAACUAUAUGCGGUGGUGCGGGCAUUGAAGCAGUGGGAAUCAUACUUGCUCCAUUCGGAGUUCGUCCUGUGCAGUGACCACCGAGCGCUGCAAUUCAUAAAUCAACAAAAGCACAUUAACAGGAUGCAUGCCCGCUGGAUUUUAUUUCUUCAACGUUUCACCUUCGUGUUGCAACACAAGUCGGGCGUAAACAACAAAGUUGCGGACGCCUUGAGCCGGAGACCGACGCUGCUCAUACAGCUGCAAACCGAAAUUACAGGCUUAGAAUGCUUAAAAGAGCUUUAUGCCUCUGAUUCAGAUUUCUCUAAAAUUUGGGAAGAAUGUUCAAAUGGAGGUGCUUCACAAGAAUUUGCUGUCAGACAUGGAUUUCUUUUUCGCCAUACGCAGCUUUGCAUUCCUGAGUCAUCGUGGAGGCCGCAGCUCAUCAAAGAAGUUCAUUGCGGAGGUCUCGCAGCUCAUGUGGGACGGAACAACACGUACCUACAGCUGCGAAGUAGAUUCUUUUGGCCACAUUUGCACAGAGAUGUGAUGAGAUUUGUUGAACGGUGCCCCAUUUGCCAAAGCUAUAAAUCCGGUGGACAGUUAAGUGGCCUGUAUCUACCGUUGCCUACACCGACCACUAUUUGGGAAGAUUUAAGUCUCGAUUUCGUAUUGGGAUUACCACGUACUCGGCGUGGACAUGACUCGAUCAUGGUGGUGGUUGAUCGUUUUUCCAAGAUGGCCCAUUUCAUUGCUUGCAAGAAGACGUUCGAUGCCUUAAAUGUCUCACGUGUUUUUUUUUCGGAGGUAGUUCGUCUGCACGGAGUUCCCCGAAGUUUAACAUCCGAUCGUGAUGUUAAAUUCAUUAGCAAUUUCUGGAAGGAGUUAUGGGCAAGACUACACACUGAAAUCAAAUUAAGCACAGCGAAUCAUCCCCAGACGGAUGGACAGACCGAAGUGGUGAAUCGGACACUUGGUAAUCUCCUACGCUGUCUUGUGCAGGAUCACCCGAAAUUGUGGGAUGAACUCUUGGGGCAAGCCGAAUUCGCUUACAAUAGCAUGACCAAUCGCUCCACAGGGAAGAGUCCCUUUGGCGUGGUUUAUACCAAGCACCCGAACCACACUGUUGACGUGGCCGUGCUCCCGCAAUGUAACAGCAAGCCAGCCGCCGAAUUUGCUGAACAAUUUUCUCAGAUGAUUCAAGAAGUGCGACAGAAGCUUGAAGAGUCCAAUUUGAAGUAUAAAGAGGCCGCAGACAAGCACCGCAAGAAGCGAGAGUUCAAAGUUGGGGAUCUGAUAAAUCCUAACGCCUAUGUUGUGGAUUUGCCCAGCCAUUACAAUACGUCCAACACGUUCAAUAUAGGCGAUCUCUCAGCCUAUCACCCACCGGAUGCGGCUCCUACGAAUCUUUCAUCUUCAGAUUCAGAUUCUUCAUUAUCUUGUGAAGCAGCUUGCAGCUUUCUGCGUAUGGUACUAAUCAUGUUCUUCAUUGUAAUCCAGAUGUUAUUUUCCAUGGGUAAGAUAGCGACGAUGAUCUACGGCGGAUUGGCUUCGCUUGUUUUCAGUGCAUAUAUCAUAUAUGACACUUCUAAGAUAAUAAACGCUUACGAUAUUGAAGAUUAUGUGUGGACAGAGGAAAAGACCAUCACAAUGGAAUUGUUGGCCCCUCAGUUGACGGCAGGGCUCCGAGCCAUCAUCAAGAAGGAGAUGGAGAUGCAGUUAAGCGUUCAGGGGAGCGCCAGAGAACUCCAGGAGACUAUGGAUUUGCUGCGCAGCAAGCUACACGGCCUCAGGAAGGAAAAAAUCCGCGACCUCGACAUCCGCAAAUGGAUCGACACUCUCGAGAACAUCAUGUACGAAGCCGACGACGUUCUCGACGAGUGCCACUUUCGCGACUCCGAGCUCCUCCUCCUCUCCACCCCUCCCUCGCCGGCGUCCGGUAACGCCUCGGUCCCCGUUUGGCGUGACUUGCCCCUCAUCCUCACCUACGUAACCCGUCCCUACCAAUUCUACUUCAAGCAGUUCAGCUCUAAUCGUGACAUGAGCCUCAAACUUCAAUCUCUGAACUCCAGGCUGAAGAUGCUUAAGACUCAAAGGGAUGAGAAACUUGAUCUGCACUUAUUGGAUAAUUCUCAAUACAUCCCACCUGUUACCGAUCCUGAAGCUUAUAAUAUGCCUAGUAUGGCUUCUUCCUCCGAUGUUGUGGGGGCUAAGCUCCGCAAAGAUACUGACUUUAUGGUGAGGCUGUUAACUGAUCAUCAUGGAAAAGACGACUUGCCCGUCUACGCAAUAGUCGGACCUGGAGGCAUUGGCAAAACUACAAUGGCGAACCUUAUCUUUGAGUUGCUUUGUGAUAAGAAGCAAGGAUUUUUCGAUUGGAUCAUCCGCAUCACAGUGCCUCGUAAGUUCGAUAAGCUCAACCUGCUGAAAGGAAUCAUCACGGCCGCCGGUGGGCGGUGUGCUGAACGAGAUCUCCUGCUUUUAGACGAGGCAGUCAAGGAGGCAAUCAAGGGGAAAAAAAUGCUCCUUUUGCUUGAUGACGUGUGGGACGCCAUGGGUCUAUGGAAUCUCUGGCUCGGCGUCCUGUUUAGUAGCAGCUGCGCGCCGGGGAGUCGAGUUCUUAUCACCACAAGGAACCGAGACGCGGCGGAUCAGAUGAAGGCGAUCUACUCCCAUUCAGUCCAGCGCUUAACUGGCGACGAAGGAUGGGAGCUGCUCUGCAGGUGCGUCGGCUCUGCUCCAGAAGCGGACCAUAUGAAGAUUCUUAAGAAUACAGGGCUUCAGAUUGUGGAGAAAUGCUAUGGCAAUCCCUUGGCGAUCAUGUCCAUGGGAGGCAUGCUGUGUUUGGAGAACAAAGCGAGGGUUACUUGGGAGAGGAUUCUGGAAGACGACGACAACAUAUGGUCCAAAGGUCUUUUGAACCUUCCUGACGGAAUUCAUAAGGACAUAUACUGCGCAUUCGACAAACUGCCUUCAGCUGAACUGCGGCAUUGCUUCGUCUACUGUUCUCUGUUUCCGGAUGGUUAUGAGAUCCCCUACUCAGAUCUCAUUGAGAUGUUGGUCGCGGAAGGGAUCGUGGAAGACGAUGAGGCUGCCUUGAGUUGCCUCAUGCAUCUGAUACGGAGGAACAUUCUCAUUCCGCGGAUCGCGCCGGAGUUCACCCGCACGUGCAAGAUGGACGGCCUGUCGUGUUCUCUCGGCCGUUUCAUUAUGCAAGGCGGCGGAUUCGUUAUUACGCAAACGCUUCCUCUGCCGCCGCUGCCUCGUUUGCCGGUCAUUAACUACAAGAACAAGCUUCGCCGCCUUUCUUUGGUGAUUCACGAAGGAAAUACUGAUAAAGCGAGGACAAUGGACUUCGAAUACAAAAUUCACGACUACUUGAAGAAGCAGCCUUCGCUGAGGACGCUCCUGCUCUUCAACCAUCCUCUUCCGAGGGCAGGGCAGCUUCUCCAUCAUCUGCCCAGCAUCAGGCUGCUAAGCCUUAAAAAAGCUGCAAUCUUUGAGCUUCCCGAGUCCAUUGGAUGCCUUGUGCACUUGCGAUUCCUGGACCUCUCGGAGAACGAAAAGAUGAAAAGUUUACCAGAAAGCAUCGGCAAGCUCGCAAACCUGAAGUCUCUGCGCCUCCAAUCAUGCAGAGAACUUUCCCAUCUUCCCAAAAGCUUUCUAAACCUGAAGAAUCUCAUGUAUUUCGACGCCUGGGAGACCAGGCUCGAAGGUUUGCCCGAGGGCAUGGGAAAGGAAAUGCCUGAGCUUCGAAAGAUAAUCCCCCUGCGACCGCACGAGGAAGGGAAGAAACUUGCAACCGUGCAAGAUCUUAAAGAUAUGAAAAUGCUAAGGUCCUUGGAGUUGGAGAUAUCCGGGAAUGUAUUAGGCGGGUUGCCGAAAGGUGCAGAGCUGGUGAGGAACGUUGGCAUUCUGGAAAGCAAAAGAUAUAUGAGGGAGCUCGUGCUCAGAUGGAAACCUGAGGAAGCAGCGAGCAAGAAUAAACAAGACCUAAGGAACUUCCUUUUUGAGGUUAGCGACAAGCUUUCUCCUCCCGAAGAAUUGGAGGACCUCAGAAUCAUUUACUACUAUGGAUCCAGCCUCCCGAGCUGGUUGUCAUUAGCAGCCAGGCUUCCCAACCUGAGGAGUCUGCAACUUGAAGGCUGCUUGAACCUGAAAGUGAUUUCCGGGUUGGGUCAGCUGCCAUGUCUGGAGCACUUACUCGUAAAACAAGCACCGAAAGUGACGAGCGUGGGGAAACAUUUCCUCAGGAAAACAAUGCAGGGGGAGGAAGAAGAAUCGUCGUCGUUUUCCUGUAGCAUCUCGUCAUUUCCCAAAUUGAAAGCUCUCCACUUUGAAGACAUGGCUGAGUGGGAGAAAUGGGAGUGGCCGACGAUAGAAAGCAUGGCGUCAAUGGAAUUCCCCUAUCUGCAUACACUUAACAUCAGCAAUUGUCCCAAGCUGAAAUCCAUACCUGAGGGGUUCUUAUGCCGUUUAAAGAUGUUGAGGCAGCUUAUAAUUGAUGAAUCUCCUGAGCUCAGGCUGGAGGGCUUGGAGAGCUUCCCCUCAUUUCUUGAGAUUAAGAUUGAUUCACAGGUGAUCCAACGCACUUCUUGAUCCAAUUCCAAAUCCAUUUCCCUUCUUUCAGUUCACUGUUUUUAUUUUAUCAUUCUUUCCUGCAAUUAGAAAUAGGUCUUUGUUAGGUAGAAACUCUUUCCCUUGCAAUACUUUUUAUUAGACAAUCUCGGAACGAAAAUGUAUUGUUCAAGUUAGUAAAUUUUCAAAUUCAUUUCUAGAAUGUAUAAUAUCAAAAA